UACGUAGAAUUUAGAUUCUAAUUAAUUUACAUACAGCUUAUACGUUUAAUUCUCUGUCUUCUUGAUUACAAUUUCACAAUUCAAGUUUAAUUUCAAUUUUACAUUGGAAGCAUAUAAAUAUAGUGACGACGUAAGCGAGUGUAAUCAGUCGCGAAACAGUGUUGGUUGAUUCAAUACAAGUAUGUAAGUCACAAGCACGCACACAUGGAAAGCUGAUUACACAUAUGUAUGCAACAGAGUAGUAGCGACGUGCCGGCAAGUCUGCAUCAAAGUGUAACUACGCACAGAACCGGGAGUGGAGCUUGCGAUUGCUUACGGUUCUCGGUAAAUCUGACGAACGCGACGAACCUCCAGCAGUAGGUGUGAUUAUAAUAUAUAUUGUGUAUGCAAUGAUUGGGUUAAGUUACAAAUAGUAUUCCGUUAAAGUACGCCAGUCACCUUCUGGACAUGCACUGACCAUCUAAUGAAAUCGACAGAUAUUCAGCGUUACUCUGAAUGAACCAGCGAAAAAAAGCAGCUCUGUUACACUUGCUUUUUACAACUAAAAAUGGCGAGUGCGAUUGAUUGUACCGAACUACAGGUAGUCAAGGAAUUAAGAGGAGGGGGGCUUUUGUACCCUAAAAACAUACCUGGAGAUCGUGGUAAUACUGCCAUGAUUACACAGAUUAUAUUAAUCAUUCUACUUAUGAUGUUAUGUGCUUACUAUGCAUCAAGGAACCGAGAUUUAAAUGAUUACAUUAAAUACUGUGUUUACUGCACUGCAAGUAACAUAAUUUUGAUCUCAUUGUGCAAUUUCUUGAUGAGAAUCACGAAUCUUUUCGAAGAGUUACGUCAUGUCCAUGCAAGAUAUGAUGACAAAAUCUUGAAAGUCUUCGUAGUUGCGCUGGAAUACAACACAUUAUGUAUAAUUAUCAUCGCAGUGUGCAUCUCGAGUUUGAUUGCUAUGAUAAUGGCAGUCAAAAAUCCGAUCAUGUUUCUUUGGAGCCACGGUCCAGAACCGUACAUCUGCUCAUUGCUUUCUUCAAUGAUCAUACUCCGCCUGAUUAAUAUUGACGAAAGUAGACUAGAUACAGUUUUGAAAGUUUCACAAAUGAAAGGUUUGGAUUAUGGAAGCAGUAUGGCAUACAGCUACUUCUACGGAUACUUGAACAUCGUUCUUCCUUCAGUUGGGGAUGAGAAGAAAGGCUUAUAUGAGAACAUCAAGGUAUAUGAAAGUCAAAAUGGAGUAGAGGUACCAGUGAAAAAACUUUUCAUUCUAAUUCCUACCUCGCUUCACAUUCCUCCAAAUCUUGAAGAAGCUAGCUACUACUGGAUGGAAAGUGCAAAGAAACUCGAAUCGGUUGUUAAACAUCGAGCCGGUGUAGUUCAUCGCACGUAUCACAAUAGUGUCUACAAGAUCCAUCCAAGGGGACAAAGAGGAAACGAUAGUAAGGUAUAUGUGAUAACUGAAGGUGCAACUCCUUUGCUGACGUUUUACGAAGUUCUGGAACAUUCUGACAAGGAUUCGUCCUCUUAUAAGGAAUACAAGAAAGAAAUUGCGGGAUCUUUUUAUAGAACUCUGCGGCACAUCAUUAGAAGUAAACCGGAAUGCCGCGAUUUGUGUGAAUUGAUUUAUUACGAAGAUUAUGAUUCUGAUGGCAAAAAAGUGAACAUUGCGGAGAUCCUGCUUGAGAAAAUCGAAGAACAGAUUUCUCUAGCUUCAUAUUAUGGCCAGUAAAAAGAAAAUUAAGAAUACCUAAUGUUGUCUUAUGGUAGAACUUUAUCCCACGAUAAUACUACCAUGAAAGAAUUUUUGACAAGCCGUAAGGGAAAAAUAUAAUGACAAAGUAAAGUUUCUAGGAGCCCUGACAUUGGCGCACCAACAGUUAUAUCGCUGUUAAAUGAAGUGUGAUCAUACAAAAGAUGCCAAAAAACAUACAUGAUACAUACAGAUGUAAGGUAUAUCCAUUUUAUAAAGAGUUCCUUUAAUGCA